GUUGUCUGGAGGAUUAUAUUAUAGUCCAGUAGUAUAUAAAGAGCUGGAUGUCAAACAUUUGGGAACAGUUGUCUUAGCGAGUACUGAGAAUCUUCAGCAGCGCUUAAGAAAACCUUUAUAUUAAAAAUCAUGAACAAAAUUAUUUUAAUUGUCUCAUUAAUCGGAGCCACAGUGGCAAAGCCCUCGGCUUUAUUCCUGAGCCCUGCAUUGGUCGAACUAAGACCUGGUGCGCCAAUCGGCCUCGAUGGCAAAGUGGUAGACACUCCGGAAGUCGCAUUCGCAAAAGCAGAACACGCAGCAGCACAUUUGAACGAAAGAUUGAACCACGCUUCUGCGCAAAGUCCUAUUGAAGUUCCAGUAGCAAAAAUCGACCUGUCUGGAGGAGCUCCUGUCGGAGUAGACGGACGCGUCGUUGACACCCCCGAAGUAGCGUUGGCAAAGGCAGAACACGCUGCUGCUCACUUAAACGAACAAUUGGAGUCCCACAGCGCCGAUUCAAACAUCUUGACCUACAAGCUCGCGAAACUCCAACCUGGAGCACCAAUUGGGCUCGAUGGCCGCGUUCUUGAGACUCCUGAAGUAGCUCUCGCGAGGGCUGAACACGCUGCUGCUCAUAUCAAUGAAAGACUCAACCACGCUGCCAAGGAAGCUGUCAUUCCCACUUACUCUUACUCUUACAUUGCUCCGAGUCCUGUUGUUCAUUACUAUGUUUGAAAUUAAUCAUUAUUAAAUUAACGUAACUUAAAUGUUGCUUUGUACAAUUAACUGUCAAUAAAAAAAUUUAAUUUUCAA